UCCUCCAUGGUACUUUAAAAGGCAGCCAGUGCCUCUAUUUUUCUUUAUCUAAUUGUGUUGUAUCAUUUUUCACCUUUUCCAAGAAGACAAAUAAUUAUCAUUUUAUAAAAUUCAUAUUGAUUAAAGACACAGUUAUUGACUUAGCAGAGGUUCAGCAUUUCUAAAUUGUAGUCCACACAGGUGGCACAGAGCUUGCUGGCGUUACAUCUGAAACCAUCACCCCAGGAUGGUUAGAAAGCAGCAGCAGUACACCAUGAAUGUUGAGCAAAGUUUGGGGGAGAAGUUAUUAAGAAAUCCAUACUGUUCAACUGAAGGAACACACUGUGGCUGUAGAUCACACCAUGUGACAUGUGAGCUACAUCCGGUUAGAGAAAACCCGUGUUCACUCUGGAAAAUAUUUCUAAUGUGUCUGCUGGCUUGUCUGGUUGCCACAGCCAUUACAGCUCUGGCCUUUUAUUUUGGCCCAUUUGGAAAUUCCACCAAUACCACCAUUAUCGUUAAUACAGAUGGAAAGUCCAGUCAGGAUGCCUGCCCCUCUGCUUCUACACCAUCUCUUACCUCAAUACCUCCACCUGGACCUGAGACCACUCAGUCUUCUACUAGUAUAACUGCCCCGGACUCACCUACCAACCCACCCACAUCUCCUACAGUGCUGACUACUGCUACCACAGAACAUGAAGUUGAAAUUGAAGAUUAUGAGGCAGUAUGAACUGUCAGUACUCAAGCCAGAUCAGUGAAAGGGGACAUAUGUUCAAGACUCUGAACCCUGCCAUGACACCUCAAAACACAUGGCUCCAAUAGAACUAAUUCUCUACUAAUCUAUGCUUCUUUCCAUGAGGUAAUAGUCUUGCACUUAUUGUGUAACACCUGAGAAAAGGUUGAACAAUUAAGUUGUCCUGUACUUAAUAUUGUAACUGGAAAGGCACACUGUUGAUCAUUCUUUCAAUGGUGCCCAUGUUGUGAGUGAUUACUACUUGAAUCAUAAGCUUUUAAAUGUGAAAAGAAUUCAGUGGUGAGGAAACCUGCCUGCCUAUAUACCCUUUGACUGAUAACCCUACAAAAACAGACUGAACUCACAAAGGAUUCUGUUAUCCAAAGAUGUAGAAUACAAAUAAAAAUGGGUGAGUUCUGUAUAAUUCUGGGUUUGUUUGCUGAAAUGAUAGGCCAGUUAAAUUAGAGUAGACUUUAGAGCCUUGUAGAGAAAGGGUUUUGCCAAAGAAGGAGUUGUUAUGUUAUCAUUCCUUCUAUUUUGUUAACUAUAGGCUGCUUUUAUUACUUCUCAGGUAGUGGUAAACAUAAAAACCUAGUCUUUGAGUAAUUAUUAUUUGUACUACAAAAUUACUUGUUAGUAGAAUAUAAGAAUGAAGAGAGAUUAUCAUGUGAACUGUAAAAAGUGUCAUUAAACUAUAUGAAAGAAUUAAAACACAAGGGAAUAAUUAUACAUGCUAUUUUCUUCAAAAGAGUUUUAAGAAUUAACUCCUAGUGUACAUUGAUGUUGGAAAGCUUACUUUUGAUAGAUUGGAGUGUACUUCCAUAUAUAUCUUAAUUUGCUUUGUGAUAUGUUAAAGACAGCUUUAGACUUUAAAUUCAUUGCCAGUAAAAGACAAUGCAAAAUGUUCUGUAUUCUCCAAGGAUUUUGAGUAAAAGAAGCUGUGAUGAGACCUCACGUUUCAUGAGCUUAAUACUGAUGCAGACUGCAACAAUAUGGAAACUUGCCUUCUUUAGGUUGAAGUAGAAGCAUAGCUGGAAGACUGACUUUCUGGGUUUAAAAUUGGUGUAGAGAGGUCCUGAUUCCAGUUUUCUGUGAUGAUAAAAUUUCUGUGCUUAAUAAAAAGGAGAUUGGAAUGGAUUCUUGAAUUUUUCUUUUGCUUUUGGUUUAAUGAUUUAAUAAACCAUUAAAUAGUC